GGUUUUUCAUUAUUACUUUCUCAAUCUCCUGAUCUUAUACAAAGAAUAAGAAUAGGUUGGUUAUUCAUUCUGGAUAUUUCUACGAAUUAGAGAGUAGCAUAUAUUUUAUAUGGUUGCUAUGCUGCUUCUACUUGUGCUACUGUUACCUACCACAGACAAAGCAGGUGCACAAUUCACAGGUGUGUGCAAUGGAGGCAACAAUUUUCUAUCCGCGCGGGAAAUUGUAGACUUGUACAAAUCGUAUGGCAUUGGGAGGAUGCGAAUCUAUGAGCCAAACCAAGCAACUCUGCAGGCACUCAGAGGAUCCAAUAUAGAACUCAUCCUCGGCGUUCCGAACUCGGAUCUUCAAGUGCUUGCAUUCGAUGCUUCAGCUGCAACUCAAUGGGUACAGAGGAAUGUAAGAGCUUACUCACCGAAUGUCAAGUUCCGAUACAUUUCUGUGGGAAAUGAAGUAGAUCCCAACGCUGGUACAGGUCAGUUUGUUGAGUUUGUUCUCCCGGCAAUGCAAAACAUCCACAAUGCCAUUGUAGCAGCCGGAUUACAAGACCAAAUCAAGAUUUCGACAGUAACUUACAUGGGACUUUUGGGUAAUUCGUAUCCUCCAUCACAAGGUGCAUUCAGAGACAACGCAAGGUGGUUCAUGGAGCCCAUCAUCAGCUUCCUAGUUAACAAUAGUGCUCCAUUACUUGCCAACAUAUAUCCGUACUUCAGCUAUAUUGCUAACCCCCAAAACAUUCCGCUUCCUUAUGCCUUGUUUACUGCAGAAAAAGUAUUUGUACGAGACGGUUCAUUAGAAUACAGAAACUUCUUCGAUGCAUUGCUGGAUUCCAUGUAUUCUGCUGUUGAGAAGGUCGGUGGACGGAGUUUGGAGAUCGUGGUGUCGGAGACUGGCUGGCCGUCUGAGGGUGGUACUGCAGCAACUGUGGGGAAUGCAAGCACUUACCAUAGAAAUUUGAUGAAUCAUGUCAAGGGAGGGACUCCAAAGAGGCCAGAAAGGGCUAUACAAACUUAUUUGUUCACAAUGUUUGACGAGUACCAAAAUGCUGAAUAUUUUGGCCUGUUCAGUCCUUACAAGCAACCUAAAUAUCAAAUUUCUUUCAAAUUAGCUUCUUUUUAUUUAUUUUGUCCUGUCAAAUAAUUCAAAAUUCUUGGAAAGACUUCAACUCUUUAGAUACCAUUAAGCUUCACACCGUCAAUAAAUUGCUUACAAUUAAGAUAUUAAUGGAUUUUGAAAA